AUGUCUACAGAAACUCCAACCAAAGGUUUAACCGGCCAAAUCUCGUCUCUUGACAUGUCAAUCAGCAAGGGUAAGUCACUCACCGACCAAUUAGCUGCUGAAGCUCAGGCAAAGGACCAAUCUCAAACUGAUCUUUUAGCCACAAAGGCAAACAUCCAAGCUCCAACCAUCUCCGCUGAAGAAACCAACAAAGAAUUAGUGAAAGCUGAAAAGUUACACCAGGAAUUCUUAGGUAAACACAGAGCACACCGUCAUGAAUUAAAGGGCCUUGAAAAGGAAGAACCACUCCUCAAGGAAAACCACAAGAGAUUCGUCUUAUUCCCAAUUAAGUACCAUGAAGUUUGGCAAAUGUAUAAGAAGGCAGAGGCAUCUUUCUGGACCGCUGAAGAAAUCGAUCUCGGAAAGGAUGUUACUGACUGGGAAAACAAGUUGAACGACAACGAAAGAUACUUCAUCUCUAGAAUCUUGGCCUUUUUCGCUGCUUCUGACGGUAUCGUUAACGAGAACUUGGUUGAAAACUUCUCAGCUGAAGUCCAAAUUCCAGAAGCCAAGUGUUUCUACGGUUUCCAAAUCAUGAUGGAAAACAUUCACUCUGAAACAUACUCAUUAUUGAUUGAUACUUACAUCAAGGAUCCAAAGGAAGCUGAUUUCUUGUUCAAUGCCAUCGACAACAUUCCAUGUAUCAAGAAGAAGGCUGACUGGGCUUUAAGAUGGAUCUCCGACGAUGAAGCUCUUUUUGCUGAAAGAUUAGUGGCCUUCGCUGCUGUUGAAGGUAUCUUCUUCUCAGGUUCAUUUGCUUCUAUUUUCUGGUUGAAGAAGAGAGGUUUAAUGCCAGGUUUAACAUUCUCCAACGAAUUAAUCUCGAGAGAUGAAGGUUUACACACUGACUUCGCUUGUCUUUUAUUCUCUCACUUACAAAAUAGACCAGAUAACGCUAUUGUGCAAAAAAUUAUUACUGAAGCAGUUGCCAUUGAGAAGGAAUUCUUUACCGAUGCAUUACCAAUCUCCUUGUUAGGUAUGAACUGUGCCUUGAUGUGUCAAUACAUUGAAUUUUGUGCUGACAGAUUAUUAAUAUCCUUGGGAUCUCCAAAGGUAUACAAUGUCACCAACCCAUUCGAUUUCAUGGAAAAUAUUUCUCUUGCUGGUAAGACAAAUUUCUUUGAAAAGAGAGUUUCUGACUACCAAAAGGCAGGUGUUAUGGCUAAGACCAACGAUGCUAAGGCUGGUGAAUCCAACUUCUCCUUCGAUGAAGAGUUUUAA